AAUUGGUUCUUACGCUGUAUCGCCAGUUACUGUGACGAUUGACAUUAUGUCGUUGAGUUUGGUUUUUAUUUGGAUUCUCGUCCUGGGAACUUCUGCCAGCCCUCCGAGGAAUCCGUAUGUAAGAGACUUAUUACAAGAAUUGGAACCGCUAUCGAAUGGAACAACUAAUAUAAUAGGCGGACAUACUGUGGCACCAUAUUCGCGCCCUUGGCAGGCAUUGGUAUACUUUCAAAUAGACUCCAUCUGGUAUAUUUGUGGUGGUAUUCUCGUCGACCCGUAUUGUGUACUGACUGCAGCACAUUGUGCAGACGCACUACCAUCCAACUAUGAGGUGUGGCUUGGUGAACAUGAUCGUUCCAGUAGCGACGAUGGAGAAAAGUACUCGGUGGAGACGGUAACAGUCAGUGCUAACUAUGAUUCAAGGACCAUUGAUAGUGAUUACGCUGUGCUUAGAUUAACAACUAUGGCAAACAUCACCAGUGCCAGAAUAGCCACAAUACCUUUAGGUACAAGAGAAAUACAAAGUGGAGAGCUAUGUGAAAUUACAGGAUGGGGGACAACAUCAUCUGGAAGUAUUUCUCAAUAUCUUCAAGGUACAAAUGUAACUACAUUAAAUAAUAUAGAAUGUGGCGAUAUAUGGAAUGGUGUGACAAAUAAUAUGCUUUGUGCUGGUGAUGGGCCGCAAGGUGUAUGCCCGGGCGAUAGCGGUGGACCUUUGAUUUGCCAGACAAACGGAGCAUGGGAAGUCCAUGGUAUUACAAGCUGGGGACAUAGAGAAUGUGGAAUAUCUGGAUAUCCAGAUGUGUACACUCGCAUAAGCGUCAAUUAUGCUGACAUUAGUGACAUAAUUUCGGGUACCGUCACUGGUGAUGGUGGUGUUGAGGGUGAUAGUGGUAGUCCCAGUGGUAAGAGCAAUAAUGGCAAAGGCAAAGGCAGAGGCAAUGGCAACAGCAAAUAG